AUAACGUUUACAGUGGGACUUGGGCAUCCAUGGAUUUUGGUACCCACAAGAAGCCCUUGGAAACAAACCCCAGCAGAUGCCAAGGGCCCACUGCACUGACCCCGGCGGCGCCAGACCAAAGCUAGCCACCUUUCCCUUACCCACUUCAUCCUUCCCUGGACUUUGGGGGCAGAAGAGGAGGAAGGGGGUCCCGACUAGGGCAUCUCUUGAACUCAGCCCCAUCUUUGGCAGCAGCCCCUGGCCUCCUGCCUCUUUGGUGAUGAUGAUGGUGCUUGGCUGGUGCUGAGUCACAAAAGGGCCCAGGCAAUGCAAGCAAGGCUGCAGUUGAGCCAAUGUAGGGGGCAAGGACUGAUGGCUGAUCUAUGGGGCGCUCUCACAGCAAACAUGAAGAUGUGGCAUCAGGUUCCUCGCAAGCAACUCACAUGCCUCGAAACGCAGAGACCAGCAAGCCCAAAGACGCCAAGACAACCUUCCAAGAGACGUCCCCACAUCCACACCCUGCAAACGUCCAGCCGUCGACAUCCAGAGCUGUAAGGAAACCCCCGCCGGUAGGAGAAGUCUCUACGGAUAAAAUUGUGAGGAAGAAGCGCUUGAUCCCGAAGAUCAUUGUCACGGGGCCCUCGGAGGAGGUCCUGGUCAACAGCUUGACCGACAUCCUCCCAGAGACCAGAACCAUCCGGGACACGGAGGAGUACGGGCCGUACAACGUCCACACCAAGCCCAGCACCGUAGACGCCUACAGGGCCGCCAAAGACCAGUGAGGGCCCAUGCCACCAUUGCUGCCGCCAGAGAGCCAAAAUGAAAUUCGGGGUGGUGGGGGCUCCUUAAGGAAACCUAGCAGCCCAGUCCUGGCCCCCUUCAUUCAAUAAAUGGACCUCUCUAUCACCACAAUGGACCCUUUGGUGGUUUCACUUGAUGGUUGGAGACAAAGGAGGAAGAGAGGCCAAGCACGGCCAGAUGUUAAAUGCCGGAAUUGGAUGCUUCCAAAUAAAUAUGUUUGGUAAAUGGCUUUGAAAGGUUCCCAGUCAAUUCCAGACACCCCUCUCUUUCCCUCUCUGCUGCCUGGGAAGGCAAGAUAUCAUUGCAAUAAACCAGCAAAGUUCCAGAAUCCUCCCCUGUUGGAAAUGAUGGGAUUUGUAGUCCAAAAAAGGAAGUUUUUCAAAACUUUGGUCCUGGGUUAUACCUUGGGGAUGGCGUCCUAGAAGCGAGAAGCGGUGGACUCGCCUUCGCUGGAGGUUUCUUGACGUAGGUCCAGAACACACGGCAAAAAUAAUCCCGUUUCAGACCGCUUAAACUGCCCUGGCUGAGUGCUAGGGAAUCCUGGGGAUUGUAAUUUAUUGUGGUACUCGGUAUUGUAGUUUCCCAAACUACAGUUCUCAGAAUUGCCUAGCAUUGAGCCAAGGCAGUUAAAGCGGUCUCAAACUGGAUUGCUUCUGCACCAUAGAUGCCCAUCUAUGAGAAAUGCUUUAGCCAGGGAAUGUGAUGCCUUGGCUUUUGUGAUGGUGCACAAACUUUUUUGUUUUGUGUAAGAAAUAAUUUGCAAUAUUGCGUAUAGACUUACCUUCCGGCUUUUGUGUAUAAAGUGUAUACAAAAUGUAAAUGAAUUUUGCGUUUAGAUGUGGGUCCCAUCUCCAAGAUAUCUCAUUUGUCGAUGCAAAUACAAGGCAGAUUUUGUAUUCCAAAAUCCCCAAAAAUAAAUAAAUCCCAAACCCCAAAAACGUCUGAACUUGUACUUGGACCCCACUGCUAUAGGCGCAUCCCAUGGCAUCCUGGGAUUUGUAGUUUAGGGAAGGGAUACUUGGAAGAACUCCCUGCCAAAGACACCCAGAAUCCACAAAACAGCGAUGAUA